UCCUGUGUGCUCCUAAACGCCCGGAUAUCCCCUAUCGCGUUGAGGUAGUUUGACUAAUCCACUUGUUGUAACGAUAACCAAAGACAUUAGAACCAGGCUGUGACCGGGGAUGCAAACGUCCAGAUAAUAACCAUUAUCACGAUGUAUAAAGACAUGUGAAGCAGGUAUUUCAAGAUUUCGCAAAAUUGUUUCUAACAUGCCUGGUGUCAGAGAAGCUGCGGUCGUAGGUUUUACUCUCGCAGUAACCGGAGGAGUUGGGUAUGUCAUCUGGACUUUUGUGUCUUCGGGGGUAAAGGCAAAGAAGGCGAAGCCAAAGCCAGAGCAAGAACCAGAGAAAAUAGAAAAGGACACUAGAAAUGAAACUGCACAAAAAGUACCAGAACGCGCAAAACAAACACCAACAGUCGUAGUAACAGAGGUGAAGCCCACAGGAAAGCAAGUCCUGGUGCUCGGCCUUGAAGGGGCAGGGAAGACCAGCCUGCUGCACUGCUUUGCCACGGGGAGUCUGGAGCAGGAUGUGACCCCAACACAGGGCUUUAACGCUGUGUCCAUCAAUAGGGAGGACCUGCAGAUCGAGUUCCUAGAAAUUGGCGGCACAGAGAACCUGCAGCCCUAUUGGAAGAGGUACAUGUGCAAGGCUAUGGUGCUGGUGUUUGUGGUGGACUCCUCAGACGCCGCCCAGUUCCCUUUGGCUAAGAAGCAUCUCCACGAGCUACUCGAAACCGACCUUUACCUUCCCUUAGUGGUACUAGCCAACAAGCAGGAUAACCAAGGGGCCUGCAGUAUCACAACGCUCCAUGAAGCCCUGUCCCUGGAGGAAGUGGGGGACCAGCGCAAGCUCUUCCUCAUUGGCACCCAUGUCAGGAAGGGGGACACGGAGGUGAACUCUGCUGUGCAGGACGCACGGGACCUGAUCAUUCAAAUGGUGCAGGAUGGUAGAUAGACUCACCAUCUAGUCAUCAGAUACAGAUGUAGGAUCUUAAUUUGAUCACUAUUUUGUUGCUGAGAAUCUUCCUGCAGAGCAGGAAAUGCACAUUUGUAGUGGAUUUUUCAUUUUAAAAAGGCUUAUAAAGUUGGUAAUUUCCACUUGAAAUGUUUGACUUGAUUUGCCCUAAUGAAAAAGAUAUCAACUUCCUAUAAAAAUGUAUAAUUAUAAUCCACAUAAUAAUUAAUAUUUCCUGUUGCUGCAGGAUUAUUUUCCUGUUGUAGCAAACUGGCUCAAAUUAAGAUUCUACAUCUGUAUGAAUGACCCGCUGGCUGAGAGGGGAUAUCUUACUUUAAUUUUACCCCUGUUCUGGCUUGCCAUCAUUUGUUUUGAUAGCACUAGUUACAAGCUCUAUUGACAGACACCAUGAUAGUGAAAGGUCGCAUUCACAUCUGUAGAAUGAUGAUGAUUCCAGAGAAGCCAAAAGCUGACAACGUGCUUAUGGUCAAACUCAUUUACUGGCAAUUACAUUAAUUCAUUAAUUGCAUUAGCACAAAAGCACAGAGUUGAUCAUGUACUUGUUUUUCACAUUCAGACACAAUAUUUCAAGGAUGGUCUCAACAUCCUUACCUAUAGGGAUUUAAUUGAUAAUGCUUUGUGGUCAUCAAAGAUCUUCUCUUAGUGCUAUCUACAACUGUAGAGCACAAUGUAGGUUACAUGUUUAGAGUCAGUGCUGCUAGGUAGUAUGUUGAAGACUCUUUCAAGGUACAUAGAAUUACUUUUGUUAUUUUGCAUAAUAAAAGUUAAGUAUUGACUAUAUCGUCUUGAAGGGGAACUUGCUACAUAGUUAUAUUUUCUUAAACCCAAUUUGAUUGUUAUGUAACCAAAGCAAUCCAUCCACAUAUUUAUUUGAAGCAUUUUAAAAAUGCCAAAGUACAAUUUUUCAUGUGUCUAGGCAUGUUUAUUUGGCUAACAAUGUUUUGCCUUGGACUUAAUUGAAGCUUUUACAGGAAUAACUCUACAUAUAAGCACAAAAAGUGCUUCUUGUUUUCAUGUUUAACACUGGUAAAACUACUGGUAUAAUCUUGAGAAAUAAGCAGGUUUGAAGUGCACUACUGAACAAUUCAUUUGUAUGCCAUGACUACAACAGACCUCCAAACCAUUUCUGUCAUUUAAGCAUCAAAAAACUCAUUUUUUGCAACUAUUUUUCUGUUUUGUCACACCUGGUGAUGUAAAUAAAAACCCUUGUUGUAAAUGUC